AAAGUAGGUAGUGAGUAGUGAGAAUAUAUACUUAAUAAGGUGAAACCCAAACACCUAAGAUGAGACUUUCUUUGUUUUAAAUCAAUUGUUAUUCCGCGAAGCAUACCUUUCCUGAAAAUAGGUACUAUUGAUUGUUUUUCUUGGUAGUAGGGUGACUUGUGAGAAAUUAAUUGGGAAUGUUAUCACUUUAAUCUGAUUGUGUGAAUAGACAUUUAUACUUUAAUCAGAUACUGCAUAAGCUGCGGAAUGAAUCUUGAUAAUAAUUCGUCUAGAGAAAACUCUGAGGCAUUGGAUUCAAUUGGCACUGUGAGUCCGAGAGAAAAGUACCACGGAAUGAGAGAGAAAAAGUUAUCGGCCGCGUCCCUUACGAAUACUGAGGGCGCGCGGCCUAAAGUGGUGACUGUAAAACAUCCAGAGUCCAACAAACCAAAGCCAACAGCGAGAAAAAACAAACCAAUACAAGCUGACCUAGAUGUCAUUAAAGAAUUUAUUAGAUGUCGGGAUGAGGGAGUAAAAAGAUUAGAUUUGAGCAAAUCCUCUAUUACAUCCUUGCCACCUAAUGUAAGGGAUUUGACACACCUAGUGGAGUUUUAUUUAUAUGGAAAUAAGUUAGUGGCCCUUCCUGCUGAAUUUGGGUGCCUGACUAACCUGCAAACAUUAGCACUGAAUGAGAACUCACUUACAAGUUUACCAGAUUCACUAGCUAACUUAAGAUGUUUGAAAGUUUUGGAUUUACGGCAUAAUAAAUUGAGUGAUAUACCUGAGGUUGUGUAUAAGCUGACUUCUCUGACCACUUUGUUCUUACGCUUUAACAGAAUCAGAGUAGUCGGGGAUGGAAUAGCUAAUCUAACUAAUUUAACAAUGUUGAGUUUGAGGGAGAAUAAAAUAAAAGAAUUAUCCUCUGGAAUUGGGCAACUGAUCAAUUUGGUUACCUUUGAUGUUUCUCAUAAUCAUUUGGAGCAUUUACCACAGGAAAUAGGUAACUGUGUCAAUUUAUCGACACUGGAUUUGCAACAUAAUGAAUUACUUGAUAUACCAGAGACUAUUGGAAACCUUCAUGCAUUGAAUCGAAUAGGUCUUCGAUACAAUCGCCUCAGCGGCAUACCUGCAACACUGAGCAAUUGUAAGCAUAUGGAUGAGUUCAAUGUAGAGGGAAACUCAAUCUCCCAACUGCCGGAUGGCCUUCUCUGCAGUUUGACUGAGCUCACUAGCUUGACAUUGUCUCGCAACUCCUUCAUGAGCUAUCCCAGUGGAGGUCCAGCCCAGUUCACAAGUGUCUCUGCUAUAAAUCUUGAACACAACCAGAUCGAUAAAAUACCUUAUGGAAUAUUCUCAAGAGCCAGAAAUUUAACUAAAUUGAUUAUGAAAGAGAAUUUACUCACAUCCUUGCCCCUAGACAUUGGACAAUGGACAAACAUGGUGGAACUCAAUUUGGGUACAAAUCAAUUGACUAAACUGCCAGAUGACAUUCAGAGUCUAGUCAAUUUGGAAGUAUUGAUAUUAUCCAAUAAUCUUCUGAAGCGCAUUCCGCCUAGUGUUGGUAAUUUAAAAAAGUUGAGAGUAUUAGAUUUAGAGGAAAAUAAAAUAGAAGUCCUUCCCAAUGAAAUAGGGUGCCUUCAGGGAUUGAAAAAGUUAAUAGUGCAGUCCAAUCAGUUGACAUCACUGCCUCGUUCCAUUGGACAUCUUAUUAAUUUAACAUAUUUGAGUGUCGGUGAAAACAACUUGCAGUAUCUACCUGAAGAAAUUGGUACACUAGAAAACUUGGAGUCCUUGUAUCUUAAUGAUAAUCCAAAUUUGUGCAAUCUGCCAUUUGAACUUGCUUUGUGUGUUAGCCUACAAAUCAUGAGCAUUGAAAAUUGUCCUUUGACAUCUCUGCCACCAGAGGUUGUGUCGUCGGGGCCCUCCCUGGUCAUCCAAUACCUUAAAUCACAAGGGCCAUACAGAGCCAUGUGAUAUGAGGUUGAUGAUUAUUAUCAAUCUGGUGUGCCAGGUAAUGAUAAUAAUUAAACAUGUUGCAAAGGUUGAGUCUAAAAGCAAACAUUGCUUUAGAACAAGUGAGUGUUUAUUAAUAAGGAAACUGACUGUUAUAUCAUAUUACCUAUACUAUAAUGGAACUUUAUUAGUAUUUUAAGUAUUUAAUAUUGUAUAAUCAUUUCAGCUGUUGCAGUAAUUCCUUUUGAUUUUUCAUUCAACUCAAAAACUAUUCAAAUAAGAUAGUUACUAUUUUCAUGUCACUAUUAGCCUGUCUGUUAAUAAGUGUGUUCAUGUCACAGAUCUCUAGCUAGUAGACAGACUAAUUCAAAUUAGAAAUUCAACUAAAACAAAUGAACAUUUUUUAGGGUUUUUCUUUUCUUUCUGGUUGUUGCCAUGUUUAGCUUGGGGAAAAAUAGCUAUUGACUAAUAAAAUAUCAUGUUUGACUUAAUCGGUCUAAGUCUGGCUGCAUAUUAUCAGAAAAACAUUCUAAUAUGCCUACCCUGGAAUGCCACAAGUGUAUACAUUUGUAUAAAUUCAUGCUGCAGACUAUCAGAAUGUUUCCAGAUCGGACAUAAUAUUCUGAUGUUUGCAGAGUAUGGGAACGUAUGGGAACGUUUUCUGACAGUCUAUUUUUCAUAAUAUGCAGGCCUAAUAUAGUGAGACCCAAGGGGCUUACACUUGGCCGUUUUUUAUUCUGAAUGUUUAUAAAUACUGAAUAGUUAUAUGUAUUUCUGUAAAGAAAUUAACAGUAUUUUUCAAUUUCCUUUUUUUAAACAUUUUGUGAAGGAACGCAAAGUUUACCCAGUAAUAUUAAUAGUUGUUAUUGUUAUUAUAAUAAUUGCUGUAUAUAAUGUAAAUGCACAAAUGAUUGUAGGUUAGUUUAUUAGUCUAAUGUCCUGUUUAAGAAAAAUUUGCAUGUGUAUAUAAAUUAAAGAAUGUAAGUUAUUAAUAUUAUGUAGAUGCCAAAAUACUGAUGAAAUUCAUAAUGGUAAAUAUUUUCAUAAUAUAUUGUAUGAUAUUGUAUUAUGUUAUGCUUGUUGUGUAAGUUAUGUUACAGUACUUUUUAAACAUUUUAUAAAGUUUGAUAAGGCAGUUCUUUAAGCGUUAUGUCCUGUCUUCUUAUUGCAGCUCACAAGUCUGCCAAAUUAAAUAUUUGUCCCCAUUUUCUUAUGUUUAAUCAAGUAAUUUUUUUAUAUACACAGUAAUAACCGUUUAUAACAUCAUUUAUAAUGAUGUAUUGGUUAUAAUAAUCAAAAUAUAAGUUCUUCUAUUUGUAAUAAUAUAAAGUCUUAACACUGACUUUUACAACUAGUGGAUUUUGUGAAUUGUGGUCCUUUCAAUGUUGUUAUAUAUUUUGACUGUAUAUUCAAAUCAUCAAUCAAUUCUAAAGGACCUAAUUGGUCAGUUGACUUGAUCAUUUAUCAUAUUUAAUAGUAUUAUUACUGCUAACUUAGUGGAGGACUAUAUACCUUCUUUUGUGUGUAAUCCGUCAUAUACAUAUUUAAUUAUUUAAUUAUAUUAAAGUCCAAUCACAUUCUUUUUGAAUAUUCUAUUAAUACCUGUCUUCUAAAUUAUUUCUGUUACAAAUACAGCUUAUGAAGUUAGGAUUUAGGUAUGUGUUAUUAUCAAUGUUGUCCUAAAAUGUUGCAUUUAACAGUUGCUCUUUGUAAACUAAGUAUUUCUCAAGGUAUGAUUUAGUCAAGUUGCUAUGCUACAAUGUAAUAUUGUAUGUACUAUGAUGUACUCAUAAGUAUCAGGCAAGUCUAUAGGAACUAGUCAUUUUGAUCACUUUAGUGAUACAGGUGCCUAUUGUACCAGUUGUAGCAAACAUUAUUACUUUACAUAUAAUGCCAAUUGUUCUGGUUAUAAUUUAGGAGUGUAAAAUAUAAAUAUUAAAUACUUACACAAAGUAUUAUUAUAAGGUGUUGACUAAAAUACCCUCUAAAGGUGAACUUUUCGAGUACCUUUUUUAAAUUAUGGUACUGAAUUUAAAAUAUUUUUACUUUGUUUUAAAUGUAGGUAGGUAUGACACAUUUAAAAUUUAAACAUAAUUGAGGGAGAAAAAUGAUAAUUCAUAUCUGCUACUUACAUAAUAUAUAUUUCUUAAUGUUUAUCUAAAUGUUAGAAAUUAAAAUUGGCAUUUCUUGUUAUUUAUAUUUACUUGAAAAUUGUAUUUUAAAUACCAUACCCACAAGUGCAAUGCAAUUGCAAUAUGACGAAUAAAAUUGUCAGUUGAUUGAUGUUAUUCUAACUAUUAAAAUAUGUUUUAUCGCAAAAAUCGUGACUAUAAUGUUUAAAUGACAUAAUAAUUAAUGUGUUAUAUUAAUAUUAAAUUAUAUAACAGAAAGGGUUGUUUUAAUUAUAAUAUAACCAGCCUACUGAUUUGCUAACUCAUGUUUAACACUGAAUGAUAGCCACCUGAGCUCAUUUGACAUGAUUGGUUCUACAUUGCUCUUCACUGAGUGAUACUAAAAUAAUUUUUCAUAGAAAUCCUUCAAUGGAUUAAAAAGGAAUGUCAAUUAAUGAGCUUGGUUGAUAUCAUUCAGUUUUAAACACUGAAUUAGCGAAUCAUCUGCAGGAAACUGAAAAUAAAAGAUCAACAGUUAUAAUUCAAUAAUUUAUAAAGUGCAGUACAUAUUAUUAUUAUCAUAAUAAUUAUAAGAUUUAUUUGUAAAUUGCGCAUUUUUUCUUAUAACAUAAAUAAUUCAAGUUUAUAUACACAUUAAAUUCAAAGCGUCUUCUGUAACUCAAAGCAGUCUAUAAAGUAUUCACGAGUAAUAUCGAUGCGGUACAAUCACACUAAAAAUGCCAUCAUUGUCAUCUUAAGCUAAUAUGAUUCUCACAUACAAAAAUAUUGACCUAAAAAUGGCUAUAAAACACUUGAUUACAUCACAUUACCAUUUUAAUGACAAAAAAUUAUUUGUGAAAAAUCCAAAUUACAACAUUCAAUACAAAACCAAA